UGGUUCACCUGAUGAAGAAGUUUUCUGUGUAUCUGCAUUCAUGCUUAGGUACCCUAAGACUCUCUCCCAAGAGGCAAAGCUUGAAAAAGAGGUUAUGGACUUCUGUUUUCUUGAAGAUGAGUGUGUUGAUCCAAAAGCUGAACUUUUUGUUUAUGGUUUGGUUCAUAAGAUAACAAGAGAAGAGAUGCAAAGUUUGCUCCCUGAUAGGAAAAUCUUAUCCAAUAUUGUCGAGUCUUGGGCCAUUCUAUUAAAUAGAAAGCAAUUUGAGCUGAAUUAUCAAGGGUGUAACUUCUAUUUCGGAACUGAGUAUACGAUCAAGCUAAAAGAUCUUGUUUCGAAUGAGAAGUCAAUGGACUCUGAACAACAAAUUUCUGAAGAGCUUUUAAGUAGUUGGAAACAUUGGGUGGAGGACAUCAAUGACCACCGAUGGGAUCUUAAAACUGUUUCCAUGUUUUACUUGCCUAUUCAUUAUGGGGAGCACUUUUCUCUUCUAAUUGUCAACUUCAACAGUAAAACUCUUGUAUAUGUUGACAACGUCAUUUCUACGAAGAAGGUGUUGUCUAUAUACAGGACAAUAAUGUCCUUUAUGAUUGAAGCGUUCUACAAUUACUUGAUGGAAAUUGAUCAUCCAUCAGCUUCCGAGCUUUUAGAUUUCGAAAUGACAUAUCUUGAUUUCCCUGGAAGAUCAAAAACCCCUAAUCAUGUAGAUUGUGGGGUUUUUCUGUUGAUGGCAAUGCACUUUUUUGACGGAGAGGAGAUGACUUGUGAUCUCUCCAAGCGUUCAAGCAGAAUUCAGUGCAGAGCUAAGGUUUGUAGUGCCUUAGUUCUGUCUGAUUUGAACCAAAUUCAACAAGAUGUGCUCAAGGAAAUUGAAGGAUUCAACUCCGUGAAAGCUGGUAUUGCCCCCGCUAUCCAUGAUCGUCAACUGAAGAAGAUUAAAGAACAGAAGAAGAAGAAAGAAGAAGACGAAAAGAGGCGUAAACAAGAAGAAGAGGCUACUGCCCAGUUGCAAGAACAACUGAAACAGAAGAAGGCUGCUGCUGUGCAGAAGAGACUACAAACUAUUGCUUUGAAGAAGGCACAGAAGGCAGCAGCAGAGAAUGCCAAAGAAGAUGUUUCUGAACCACUUAAAACAUAUGCCAUGACAAGGCGUGGAGCCAAGACUGCAACAACAACCCCCACAUCAGGAACUGAAGAACCGAGCAUGAAAAGACAUAAAGUUGACGAGUGAAUCAACUUAGGAGUUGGUCUAGUUGUGAAAUUUGCCAAACAUUUUAGGUGAUAGUGGUUUUAGUUGAUAGUGGUUCUUUUUUCUAACAAAUUAACAUGUGGUACUGUUAGUUGCACAUUUAGUUAAAUCUCUGAAACAAUUAGUUAAGUAAUCCAACUAGUUCGUGAUGUCAUUGAAACAAUUAGUUAAUCAAUGUAAUCUAGUUAAACAAUGUAAUCCAAUUAGUUAAGUAAUCCAACUAGUUAGUAAAGUCUCUGA